AUGCGGGCACUCCUUCGACCACCGGCAGCGGCCUUGCCUACCUUCUCCUCGGUCUUUCGACCUCGACGCAGCCUCCUAACCCUGGCCAAAGUAAAAGGCCCUCUGCAUCCUCCUUUGCUCGAAGAGACUGUUGGCGAGAAUUUUGGACGUAUUGUUGCGGCACAUGGUGAUCGUAAUGCCGUCAUUUCCAGACACCAAAACAAGCGAUUGACAUAUCACCAACUCGACCUCGACAGCAAUGUCCUGGCUCAUGGACUACAAAGCUUGGGGGUCAAGAAGGGCGACCGGGUCUGUGUGUCGUUGGGCAACAAUCUUGAAUUCGCGACAAUCACAUAUGCGUUGUUCAAGCUGGGAGCUAUACUUGUCCCGUUGAAUCCGGCAUUUACAUCGAACCAGAUCAUUUCGGCCUUCAACCAUUUGUCUGCUACACACCUAGUCAUUGGGACCGAGACAAACUUGCCCUACAAGCCACCGCGAUCAAAUGUCUCGCUUCUGGAAGCACUUGUGCCUGAUCUCUCGAGUGCGACUCUCGCCUCGGAAGCGGUUCCAUCCUUGAAGAACAUCAUCCUCGUGAAUAAUUCCUCGGGCAGGAUAGAUCCUACACCUUUCCGAGCGACAACACCAUGGGCAUCGAUAGCACAGGACACGGACACUCGGCCCCCUACGCCGUCUUCCCCUCUGUCGCACCAUGAGGUGGUCAACAUCCAAUUCACUUCUGGUACCACUUCCAUGCCCAAGGCUGCCUGUCUCUCGCACAGAUCAAUCCUCAACAACGGCAACCAAAUAGGUGACCGGAUGCUGUUGACACCAGAAGAUAUUGUAUGCUGUCCACCACCUCUGUUCCAUUGUUUCGGAUGCAUCCUAGGAUACAUGGCGACUGCGACGCAUGGCUCCGCGAUUAUCUUCCCUACCGAGGCAUUCGAUCCGUUGGCCUCCUUGAAGGCUGUGCAAGAGGAGAAAGCGACGGCGCUGUAUGGUGUCCCUACGAUGUUUCUUGCGGAGUUGGAGCUUCUCGAUGACGAAAAGGUCGCGUACGAAGGUUUCCAAUACCUGCGCACCGGCAUCGCAGCAGGCUCAUCAGUGCCUUCUGAGCUGAUGCGAAAAUUGCACAAGACUCUAAAUCUGACGGAGUUGACGAUUUGUUAUGGAAUGACUGAGACCUCGCCCGUUUCUGCAAUGACAACGACGGACGACCCAAUCGAGAAGCGCAUCAACAGCGUUGGCCGACUGCUACCCCAUGUCGAGGCGAAAGUGGUGGAUCCUUUCGAUCAUGACAAGAUCCUGAACGUGGGUGAACGAGGAGAACUCGCAGUCCACGGAUAUUUGGUCAUGAAGGAGUAUUGGGGUCAACCUGAAAAGACAGCAGAAGCCAUCAAAACCGAUGCGGAGGGCAAGGCAUGGAUGCAUACUGGCGACGAGGCAUCGAUAGAUGAAGAGGGCUAUGUCAGCAUCACCGGCCGAAUCAAAGACCUCAUCAUCCGCGGCGGGGAGAACAUCCACCCGCUCGAGAUUGAGAACUGUCUCCUUGCACACCCCAAGAUCGCCGAGGUCAGUGUCGUCGGCCUCCCAGAUCAGAGGUAUGGAGAAGUGGUUGCUGCGUUUGUCGUGCGCAGGCAUCAUCUGCCGCCAGGAGAAACGCCUAUAAACAUAGAGGAAGUCAGGGGCUGGGUCAAGGAUCGCAUGAGCCACCACCUGGUGCCGAAACAUGUCUUUUUCGUCGACGACUAUCCAAAGACGGCCAGUGGGAAGAUUCGUGAGUACUUUGGCGGUUGUCCUGUUGAUUGGAUUGUGACUAACUGGUGA